UAUGUGCAUAGAUCAAUCGGAUAUCCAUUCUCAAUGUACUAAGCUGCUGUUAUUUAUUAUUACUGUAACAUCGCUCUCACUCUCUCUAGGGUUCUUUUCCUCUGUAACUCCUUCCAAAUUUCUCAAUUGGAAACCCUCCAUCAUUUCAACACCCACCACCAUUUGUUUGCCUCUUCCAAUUCCGUUGCUAUUAUCAGCUUUUACUUCCUCUGAAAGGUGCGCAGAUUGUUGCCUUGCAAGCUUUUACAAUUAGAUACCUAAGAUGCCACGGGAAAAGGCAAAUACAUCGUCUGCUGCUGAGCCAGAGGAAUCUGAAAAGCAAGUCAUCUCUAGUGAGAAGGUUGAUCUUGAUGAAGACAAUGAUCCUGAGGAGAACAUGGAAGAAGAGUAUGAGUAUGAAGAGGUAGAAGAAGAAGAAGAAGAAGAGGAAGAAAUAGAAGAGGAGGUGGAAGAAGUAGUGGAAGAGGAGGAGGAUGAUAAUGAUAAUAAUGAAGUUGAUGCACAGAAAAGCAUUAAUGGUGAUGAUAUGAAAGUUGAAGAUGAGGAUGAGAAGAAAAAACAUGCUGAGCUUCUUGCUCUUCCUCCUCACGGUUCUGAAGUAUACAUUGGUGGCAUUCCUCAUGAUGCUUCUGAGGAUGACUUGAGGAGUUUUUGUGAGGCCAUAGGAGAAGUUACUGAGGUUCGAAUAAUGAAAGGCAAAGAUUCGAGUGAGAACAAAGGCUUUGCAUUUGUGACCUUCAGAAAUGUAGAACUGGCCACCAAAGCGAUUGAUGAGCUGAAUAAUGCUGAAUUUAAGGGCAAAAAAAUAAGAUGUUCUACAUCUCAAGCAAAGCACCGACUAUUCAUUGGUAAUAUUCCUAGAAACUGGGGAUUGGAAGAUCUAAGGAAGGUUGUGUCAGAGAUUGGGCCUGGAGUUGCUGGUGUGGAACUGGUGAAGGAUAUGAAAAAUUCAAGUAACAACAGAGGCUUUGCUUUUAUUGAGUACCACAACCAUGCAUGCGCUGAAUACUCGCGACAGAAGAUGAUGAACUCGAAGUUCAAAUUAGGCAGUAAUGCUCCAACUGUGAGCUGGGCUGACCCAAGGAAUGCUGAUUCUUCUAGUGCCUCUCAGGUGAAGGCAGUUUAUGUGAAGCAUUUACCAAAGAACGUAACUCAGGAUCAGUUAAAGAAGCUUUUUGAACAUCAUGGGAAAAUUACAAAAGUGGUUCUCCCACCAGCAAAGUCUGGGCAGGAAAAGAAUAGAAUUGGUUUUGUACAUUUUGCAGAGAGGUCUAGUGCGAUGAAGGCGCUGAAGAACACUGAGAAAUAUGAACUUGAUGGCCAAGUUUUGGAAUGUUCUCUUGCAAAGCCACAAGCAGAUCAGAAGUCUACUGGAGGAUCGAUUUCUCAGACGCCAAGUUUACUUCAAAGUUAUCCACCUCAUAUUGGUUAUGGUUUGGCUGGGGGGGCCUAUGGCCCUCUAGGUGCAGGGUUUGGUGCUGCACCUCUUGCACAGCCUAUGAUCUAUGGAAGGGGACCAACUCCUGCUGGCAUGGCAAUGUUGCCAAUGCUUCUGCCUGAUGGGCGGAUUGGAUAUGUCCUGCAGCAGCCUGGAACUCAGCCACAGAGUUUGCCUGCACAUCAUAGGAAUAGUGGCAGGAGUAGUAGCGGUAGUGGGAACAAGAGUGGUGGCAAUUCAAGCAGGGGGAGGCAUGGCAGUGAUGGAGGUCGUGGACAAAGAUACCGCCCCUAUUAGUGGCAUCUGUUAAAUGCUUAAAUUUAUGGAUGGGAAUAUUGUAUCUGCUCUAUACCUAUUAAAUUUAUAGAUGACAGCAUCUCUAACCAAAUUAAGAGUUUUAGAAUUCUGGCACACAAUAUGAUCGUACAUGGUAUUAGUCUUUUAGUUCCA